ACGGCAUUUGCAGGCAUGGUUGAAUUUCAUGUCAUAAAAAGGAGAAUUCACCUUGGUUUCUUUCAAACUGUCCCAAAUAUUUAAUUGGCACUUAUGACAGUUGAAGCUCUGAGUCCAUUUACUGCCGUUUCUUUAGCAGUGCUCAUUUUACUUGUAGCAGAAGCCUCCAACUACUCCUACGGGUUAUCGAGUUUGUUACUCUUCUCUGAUAUUUACUGAGAUUAAUUCAGGCGUUUUUCCUGGAUAAGUAAUGACUUACAGGUGUGGGCUUUAUGCCACAAAGGUAGAGACACUGUGUACCAGCGACUGAAGACAGACUCCUGCCAUUCAGGAAUGAUUAACUGCUGGAUUUGAUUCAUCAGAUGUGGUGGAAAGUUCUGCUGCUUUUACUGAUGAAAAACCCAUGGCAGGACUGAGAAGGAAUAGUGAACAUCCCUCCUACCCUGUCUUACACUCCUCUCCUGUAAACCUCCAUCUUCUGGACUGUUUCACGAGGAUAUUCAGUUAUGCCGAGCAGAAAGCAAAGUAAAAUCCAUUUCUCAGCUUUGACCAUGUGAGCUCUGAGGUAGCUCUCUUAGCUCUGUUGUUUUUUGGCGACUCUUUCCAGUUGCCGGUAAUGUAGUAAUUCAAGUGAUAUUAGAAGCGUUUGGUGUCAUGAUGGCCGCUGCCUCCUCGCCUGAGAAGCUGCUGCUGCAGCUCGAGGAGAUCGACUCCAGCCGAGCUGGUAGCUGCAUUCUCUCCCCGAUCCUCGGCUCCUCUUCUCCUGGUCUGUCCCAUGAAACAAGCCAGCCCAUCUGUAUCCGCUCACCAUAUACCGACCUCGGCCAUGACUUCGCCACCAUACCUUUUUACAGUCCAACUAUCUUCAGCUAUGGUGGUCCGAGCAUUUCUGAAUGCUCCUCUGUCCAUCAGUCUCUGAGCGCCUCUUUAUUUUACAGCCGUGUGGGGACGCCCAUUACGCUGCACUGCCCGCAGAGUCGAUCCCAGCAAGGCCAGUCAGCCCAGACUCCGUGGGACAGUGUUAUAACAACCAGAAAUCAUGACUCAAAACUGUCUGUUAGCAAGAGUGUGAGGAGGCGCUCCCAGGAGAGCGAGGAGAGCAUGGCGUCUUCAGGUGGGAAGGCAGACCUCCACUACUGUGCUGUGUGUCAUGACUAUGCUUCAGGCUACCACUAUGGAGUCUGGUCGUGUGAGGGGUGUAAGGCCUUCUUCAAGAGGAGCAUCCAAGGACACAAUGACUAUAUCUGCCCGGCAACCAAUCAGUGCACUAUUGACAAGAACCGCCGCAAGAGCUGCCAGGCAUGUCGCCUUCGCAAAUGCUAUGAAGUUGGCAUGACCAAAUGUGGUAUUCGAAAGGAGCGUGGAAACUACAGGAAUUCGCAGGCAAGGCGGCUAACCCGUCAAUCCUCACAGUACAUAACAGCUGAACCAAAGGGCAUAACUGGACCAGCUGAAGGUUCAUUAAAUGAGCCCGAAAAACCUGCACUGACCCCAGAGCAGCUAAUUGAGCGGAUAUUGGAGGCGGAGCCGCCAGAUAUCUACCUCAUGAAGGACGCGAAGAAGCCGCUGACCGAAGCAAGCAUCAUGAUGUUGCUCACCAACCUGGCAGAUAAAGAGCUGGUUCACAUGAUUAGCUGGGCCAAGAAGAUUCCAGGGUUUGUGGAGCUUAGUCUCGUAGACCAGGUCCAUCUGUUGGAGUCCUGCUGGCUGGAGGUGUUGAUGAUUGGACUGAUGUGGAGGUCAGUGGACCAUCCAGGAAAACUCAUCUUCUGCCCUGACCUCAGCCUGAGCAGAGAAGAAGGAAACUGCGUCCAGGGCUUUGUGGAGAUCUUUGACAUGCUGAUAGCUGCCACAACCAGGGUGAGAGAGCUCAGGCUGCAGAGGGAGGAGUACGUCUGCCUCAAGGUCAUGAUCCUCCUCAACUCCAACAUGUGCCUCAGUUCCUCAGACGGCAGCGAGGACCUGCAGAGCCGGUCCAAGCUGCUGCGCCUCCUGGACGCUGUGACAGAAGCUCUGGUGUUGGCCAUCAGCAAAACCGGUCUCACCUUCCAGCAGCAGUACACCCGCCUGGCUCACCUGCUCAUGCUGCUUUCACAUAUUCGUCAUGUCAGUAACAAAGGCAUGGACCACCUCCACUGCAUGAAAGUGAAGAACAUAGUGCCUCUCUACGACCUGUUGCUGGAGAUGUUGGAUGCCCACAUCAUGCACAGCUCUCGUCUGCCUCACCAGCCUCCUCAGCAGGAGGAAGAUCAGAGUGAGGCUCCUGCCCGGCUGCACAGCUCUGCAAGCAGACCUUCAAAUACCUGGACUCCCAGUAGUGCUAGAGCUGGAGGUGAACCCCAGUAGUCAGAUCAGAAUUCCGAUGCGAAAGAAUUUUCACUGCUUUGCACAAAACUAGUUCACGGGAAUGAUGAGUAUCUUCACAGGAACGAGAGCUGGAUUCUCUGAUCUGUCACUGGUGAAUCUUUGACACGCUGCGCACAGUUUCUGGUGAACUUUCAAUAUCUUCAAAGUUAACCACAUGGAGCACAGAUCACGCUUUCAGGAUUCUUUGCUUUUCCACUAUAUUGACAAAAGACUAAAGCGAAACAGGAACAAACUGUCAAACCUGGUCACUCAGCUGUACUCAGAUAUGUGACAGGACCAUUAAAUCAGUCAGUCGACCAAUGAAAACCCAUGCAGAAAAACAGAUCACAGCUGAUUUGAUCACACCUCCCAAUGACAGUAUGUCUUUUUAAACUGAUUAAUCAGAGCCUGUACAGUUUGCUGGAACAAGCAGCUUAUGUGUAACUGAUUCGCAAAAACAAGCACCUGCAGAAAACUCACACUUUAACUCUGAGUUAAAGAAAUCUUAAACUGUGAAACUUGCAGUGCUCACUGGCGUGUUUUCUUCAACAAAUCUCAGUUUGUGUUUCGACUUUGUGUGUGUAGAUGUUUUAAUGCUUAAGUGGCUUUUCUAUACACAUGGACUUUAAUGUCGAGGCUGCAACAAAAGACUGUUGUUACUGAUUAUUGUUGGGUCUAUGCACUAAAACACUUAUGAUUUCCCCACAGACCAGGGUCACGGCUUCAUCUGCUAAGUUUUGUCCAUCCUACAGUUGCAAAUGAAAAUUUUUUUAGUCGAUGAAUUUCAAAAAUCCAUUGAUUUUUAUUCUUAGAUUUAUUUUGAAGAUGGAGAUGCAUGAAUAAUAAUAAAAAUGCUGUUUGUACCCAUGUUUAGACAACCCAAGGAAUUAUAACACAUACAUAAGAUAAUACUUUAUAUCCUCGUGUAUGGGAUUCAAAUUUCAUCAUUUCACCUUAUAACACAAAGAUAGUUAAACUUCUGGGAUAUCAAUCUGUCCACUUAAGAAGCAUAAGCCAUUGUGAACAUCAUCCACUUGCUUUGGUGCAACCAGUUGCGCUGUCUGUGCAACGAUGCAACCCCCCCAACAUGAACUGGUUUGGCACGUGGUGGCCUUGGACCACUUCUCUCUCCUUAUGCCUCCUUACAGAUCUUUCUCUGGUGUGACUUUUUUCCCUUGUGUCACUGCUAGUGACACAACGCAGCGCCUGCUGCACAGGCAGUCUAACUCCUCCAGGAUGGCACAUUCAUACUCGCUGUUACAAGAUGGUUUGCCGUGUCUCCAGGAGGAUGAAUACUAGGAGACGGGCAAUUACCCAAGGGGAGCUGGACAGGACAGUAAAAGGGGUAUCAAUGCAGCAGCUGAACUGAUAUCGUCUUCUUAUUAUUGUGAGGAAGAACAGGAGGAGCCCUAUAAAAUGACCUCCACUGGACUAUUCGCGAGCAUGUUCCUGGCCAAACUGUCAGAUGGUUGAUAACGCUCAUGCCACCGCCUGCAAAACCAUUCCCUUCUUGCAGGGGUUGCCAUUUACACCAAAGCAGGUGAAAUAGAUUGAUGAUGGAUUCUGCUUCCUGACUGAACAGAUUGAUGUCCCUGAAGUUUACCUGACUAUCUCUGAUAUUGUGAUUAUUGAGCGUUACCCUCAUUUAUUUUUUGAGUAGUGUAUAUGAUCAUUAAAGGCAGUAUUUGCACAAAGCAGUUACUUUGUUAGCAUCUCAUGUAUUUGUUGAAUCGCUCACAGAGUUGUUUCAUCUGGGUUAAAAUUAACGAGAGAACUCCAGCUAAGAAGGUGAUUUCUAGUAGAACUUAAGCUAAUUGGCAGUGAAUGUGGCAACUCUGAUUUUCUUCUUUAGCUUAAAAAACAGACAUGAAAACAAUUCCUCAAC